AUGCACGUCUUUGUUACUGGUGCCACCGGCUUCAUCGGCCAAGCCGUUGUCCAAGAGCUGCUCGGCGCAGGCCACACGGUGACCGGACUCGCCCGUUCAGAUGCCUCAGCCACCGCUCUCGAAGCAAAGGGAGCGAAGGUGGUCCGCGGCUCCAUCGAAGACAUCGAAACCCUCAAGCGCGCCGCAGCCGACAGCGACGGCGUGAUCCACCUGGCAUUCAACCACGACUUCACCAAAUUCGCCGAGAACUGCCAGGUCGACCGCACAGCCAUCGAGGCCCUCGGCGCCAGCCUUGCGGGAUCCAACCGGCCGCUAGUCAUCACCUCGGGCACCCUGACUUUGCCCAAGGGCCAACAAGGCACGGAAAAUGACACCUCCGACCUCGGCGCCCCGAUGAACAUGCGCGGCGAGACAGAACAGCUCAUCCUGGAGUUCGCCGCGAAGGGCGUGCGCGCCUCUGUUGUGCGUCUUCCUCCCUCGGUACAUGGGGACGGGGACCAUGGAUUCGUCAAUGUGAUGACUCAAACUGCGCGCGCCAUGGGCGAGUCGUUCUAUAUCGGCGACGGCCUGAACCGCUGGCCUGCUGUGAACCGCUUCGAUGCGGCCCUUCUCUACCGCCUGGCUCUUGAGAAGGGCGCUGCUGGGAAGAGGUUCCAUGCUGUUGGGGAAGAAGGGAUUCCGUUGAAGGAGAUUUCCGAGGCGAUUGCCCAGUCGCUGGGUGUAUCUGCUGUGUCGAAGUCCUUUGAGGAAGUCCAGAGGGCCCUGGGCAUUUUGGCUUUUCCUUUGAGCGGUGAUAACCCAACCUCGAGCAGGCAGACUCAGGAACAGCUUGGAUGGACAUACUCGGGACAGGGUCUCCUGGCGGAUAUCAAGGCGGGGGUUUAUCUUAAGGAGUGA